UAUGACAUGAUGGCCUGAUGCUUAUUGUUUCAGGGGUGCGUCAUGCCUUUGAAGAGGUCCCUUGUUCAAAGAGAAUUGGAUGAUUCAUCAUCCGAUGACGAUGACUACGUGAUAUUCUCAGCUGCUCAAAUUGUGCAUACUUAUUCCAAUGCCAAAAGAAGUCAUGGUGGCUCGGUCCUUGGCCAUAGAGUUCUUUAUCGGGACAGAAAAGGCGGCCACGAAAGGAUGUUUCAAGAUUAUUUGGCGGUUAAUCCAACAUACACCCCUGAAAUUUUUCGUCGAAGGUACAGGAUGUCUAGGGAUCUUUUCGUACGCAUAAUGAAUGCGGUAGAAGCACACGAUGAUUACUUUGUUCGAAAAAGGAAUGCGGCCAAUACACUUGGAUUGAGUUGCUUCCAAAAAGUCACUGCAGCUUUUCGUAUGAUCACUUAUGGGGUUCCAGCUGAUGCAACCGAUGAGUACGUUCGCAUUGGCGAAAGUACUGUACUCGAGUCACUAUGUAGGUUUGUUGCUGCAGUUGUUGAUAUUUUUGAAGAUGAAUACCUGAGAUAUACCAAUGAGUCAGACACAGCACGCUUACUUGCAAUGGGUGAGCGAAGAGGUUUUCCUGGAAUGUUAGGGUCCAUCGAUUGUAUGCAUUGGGCGUGGAAGAACUGUCCUUAUGAAAAACAAGGUCAGUACAAAGGUCAUGUGGAAAAGCCCACUAUCAUUUUGGAGGCUGUUGCUUCGCACAACCUUUGGAUAUGGCAUGCCUUCUUUGGAAUGCCUGGAUCUCAUAAUGAUAUAAAUGUCCUUCACCGGUCUCCUUUGUUUGAAAACUUGGCGGAAGGUACAGCUCCAUAGGUGAACUAUACUGUUAAUGGUCAUGAUUAUACGAUGGUUUAUUAUCUUGCAGAU